GUGGCCGUGCAUUUUUGUAACGGUACUGCCACUGCGUGCGGGAGUGUCCACCAACUGUUGUCGGGCAAAGUGGCGAGCGAAUGAGGAUGAUGAUAAGCGAGUGACAAGUGGACAAUUUGUACGCAUAGUGGAUAAUGUAGGUCGGAUUAAGUAGUUUGUUUUGGUUAAUUGUUGAUAUUUUCUUGUGAAUUGUGGACUGAAAAGUCCUCUGUGGCUUGUGAGAAUUUGUAUAGAAUUCGGAUUGCCUGGGUGCCUGUAAACAGUGUGUUGUCCGGAGUUCCAAGCGAUACGAUGGCUGAGGCUGCUGGUGCUACUAGCACCAAUCCCAAUGCGGAGAUCGUUCGGGGUCAGGUGUUUGAAGUAGGCCCAAGAUACACAAACCUGCAAUAUAUUGGAGAAGGGGCCUAUGGCAUGGUUGUGUCCGCAUUCGACAACGUGAAGAAGACAAAAGUUGCCAUCAAAAAGAUCUCGCCGUUUGAACACCAAACCUACUGCCAAAGGACGCUAAGAGAAAUAAAAAUUCUCACUCGGUUUAAGCACGAAAACAUAAUCGACAUUCGGGACAUAUUAAGAGCGGACAGUAUCGAUCAAAUGAAAGACGUAUACAUCGUGCAAUGCUUAAUGGAAACGGACCUUUAUAAACUAUUAAAAACACAGAAAUUAAGUAACGACCACAUCUGUUACUUCCUAUACCAAAUUCUGCGAGGACUCAAGUACAUCCACUCCGCUAAUGUCCUCCACAGGGACCUGAAGCCCUCCAACCUCCUCCUCAAUACCACCUGUGAUUUAAAGAUUUGCGACUUCGGACUGGCGCGAGUGGCGGACCCAGACCACGACCACACAGGCUUCCUCACGGAGUACGUGGCGACCCGCUGGUAUCGCGCCCCGGAGAUUAUGCUCAACUCCAAGGGCUACACCAAGUCAAUAGACAUCUGGUCGGUGGGCUGCAUCCUGGCUGAGAUGCUCUCCAACAGGCCGAUAUUCCCGGGGAAGCACUACCUGGACCAGCUGAACCACAUCCUCGGCGUGCUGGGCUCGCCGAGCAUCGAGGACCUCGACUGCAUCAUCAAUGAGAAGGCUCGCGGUUACCUGGAGUCGUUGCCGUUCAAGCCGCGCGUGCCCUGGACGGAGCUGUUCCCGGGCGCCGACCAGCGCGCUCUGGACCUGCUGCACCGCAUGCUGACCUUCAACCCGCACAAGCGCAUUACCGUGGAGGAGGCUCUUGCGCACCCCUACCUCGAGCAGUACUACGAUCCCAACGACGAGCCCGUAGCCGAGGAGCCGUUCCGGUUCGCCAUGGAACUCGAUGACCUUCCGAAAGAAACCUUGAAGCAGUACAUCUUCGAGGAGACCCUCCUCUUCAGACAGCAGAACGAGGGCGCGUAGACCUCGCGCCCCUCCGUCAUCGUCUACCCCCCGCAGGCAAAGGGGUAACGCCCACAUGCAAACAUCAUGACACUUAUAACAUACUCGAUAAAAAAACGCUCCAUAUCUCCAUAUAUUUUCAUUUCCCAGUAUUUCCCUGUAAUUGUAAGUAAUUUUACGCUAAGAACAACCGUUUGAGGAUGAGGAAAACGAGCAGUUUGCAUGUGGAGCAAUCGCAAUCAAAGGUCUAAUUAUGUGAAUUGUUAGUGCGCGGUUUCAAUUUGUCAUACGUUCAGUACAUAUGUUUACAAUGGGGCUCGCCGCGAUAUUGUUACGUUCAUUAUGUAUUUGACGUUAGAACCGCAAGUCGAUAGCUUUGAUAUUAAGACGCUUGGUAUUCCUAUAUUGAUGGGUAAAUUUAAUAAGCUAUUCAGUUGUACUGAACCGCGAAGCUCUGAAUACGUAGAUUGGACUAGUUCUCUAGAGCUGUCGCUUUCAGAGCUGUUGAAGUAUGACGGCGCAGGUUAUUACGCGCGAUCGAUGGAGUAUUCUUUGGCGUGUUCGGCUAUAAUGCAUAAUAACUGUUAUUUGUAAAACCCUGCCAAAUAACAACCGUAACCUAUUUUAAGGUAAACGUUAAGUUCGCUUGAAAAAUGUAAAAAAAAAAGUUAUUUUCGAUUUCUUUUUAUAUGAUAAGUGGAAUGGAACAGUUUACGCAAGUGUUUCGGGAAGCCUCUGUAUUGGAGAUAUGACUGGGUCAGAAUUUAGAAAACAGUAUAAAAUAAAAAUUUAUGCUUAGAAAACAUAUAGAAUCAUAGAUAGGACUUUUCUGAAAUUUAUAAACGUUAAAACUAGUCGUACAAUUUCUUGAAGGGUGUAUGAUAGUUGGUGACAGGGGGAGCGCUGUCGCAUGGGUAUUUUGCAGUAUUACAAUGGGACGGACUCGGGUCCUCAACGAAGUAGUUAAAAUCUCGACGUGCGGGGCAGGGGGCGGAGUCAGGCGCAUCGAGACGCUACUUUGGCUUACAAGUUAUGUAUCUAAUAAGACAACACUUUAUGUUCAACUAGUUUGCCAACAGAUAUAAGUUUAGGGUGGUGUACACUCACUAAUGAUGAUGGAUUGCGCGCGUGGCUUUAUAUUAUUGUCAAACAUCAGACAACGUUGUAAUGACACGUGUCGAUAACGGACGACACAGCGAAGAAUGUCAGAAGAGUGAUGUUUUCUGUAAAUAUUUUUACAUUUCAAAUUAAUGUGUUUUAAAGUGUCACCGAAUAAUAAAUUAAAGCACUUUAUUCAUUAAUUCUGAUGUGAUCUAAUAACGAAUAAAUGUAUUUUCUCGUUGGUGAGGAGGGGUCUUGGUUGGAAAACUUGCGUGUAACGAUGUUUCUGUGAAUACUCGUCUUCCUUAUGAUUGCAUGUUAGCGCACAAGACUAUUGUAGAAUAGUUGUUCUUCAUAUCAAAUAUUUAAAAAGGAAUUAUAUGAUUUGUGCGUUCGGUGUUGCCGUGACGAGUUUUCCAACGAAGGGGGCAGGGCGGGGCGAGGGGGCCGCGGGGACUGCUCUGUGUUGUUACAAUCUAUAUGUCUUUAAGAUGAUGUUAGAGAGACAAAGCCCAGUUUCCAGUGUCAUAUCCAGUGUGGUUCACGCUUAUUUGGGCGAUCAUGGUCUAUAUCUAUGUUAAGACUUGAAUAAAGUUGUUUGUUGAAAUUAUUUAGGGAGCAUAUUAGAAGGUUUACUCAUCAAACUAUGUAUAAUUACCUUAACUUUGGAACUAUGUAUCUUUUAAUGCUGUGUUAGAAUACGAGCAGCUGACGAGGUGUCGGUUAACUAAACCAAUCGGAUAAUUUAAGUCUCACAAUGUGUUCCAUUUUACAUUUUAGACAAUACACAAUCGGCAUUAUAAAUUCUUAUUGAAUCCGUAGAGACUACGGAAAAUUCAUAAUUUCCUGUCAAGUGAAUACCUACGGUUGUAAAUUGUUAAAAUCUGUGGUUAAAUAUUAAUUAUUGAUAUUUCUAUUUGGCAGUAAAUUAUUAAGAGUAUAAAUGAAUUGAUAAAUCAGACAAUGAAGCUAGCCUAUUUGUAUGUAUAUUUCUCAGUCGUAAAAUUAACACUAUAGCAUUGUAUAGUUUCUAUCUUAGAGUUAAUCAUUGAUCAAUAUAGUUUGUUUAAAUUUUAAAGAAAGACAAGUUAUUGUGACCUAUUUUGUAAGUCUUUUGCUUAUUAAAUUACAUAUGGAAUGUGUCCCGCAAGACCAAUGGAAGUAUUUAUUAUAUUCAUUUCUGUUGCACCAAAUUGUGCUUAUAUUCCGGUAUUCCGAAAUUAUAUUAAUAAAAUUAGUUCGGGCCGUAACAAUGGGCUAUUUUAUAAUAAAUCAAAUUAUUUUAAAGCUUUCCUAAAAUACAUUAAUGAGAACUAAAUGACGUUAUCAAUAAGAUCGAUCAUUUAAUAAAUUAUUACAUUAAAUGAGUUUGGUUAUUUAAAUACCAUAUAAGUACAUCUUAUUUUUUACCCAAUAUGAUAGCCUAUUUAUCGAUAUUAAUGUUAGAAUCAUUUCCUCACAUUGGCUUAGUUGGAUUACAAAUAUCUAAAGCGAAGUCGUUGGUUUAUUAAAGUUAACUUUUUAGUUUAAAAACUUCCUAAUCACUAAACAACUAAGUCAUAACUAACAUUACCUCGAAGAACUCUUGGGUGCCGAGGUAGCAUUACUAUCGCGAUACACGAUACAUAUAUAAUGAUAUACUCAUCUAGUGUCAUACAGUUACGACCGCGCUACCAACCGCUCAAUAUAACUUUAUGGUCUCCAAUAAAAGUGACUCUUCAACGGCCAAUCUUUGUCUAUGAAUGUACUUCGUGGAUUUAACUCUAAACUUCUGCUUAUAAAUAUACAAAAACUCCUUGAUAAAGCGUCUUAAUGUUUUGUAAAGGAUUUGCUUUUGUACCGCAAUUUAUCGUUAUCAAUUUUGAUUUAUGAUCACAAUUCUUCUUUGUGUCUAUAAAAUAGGCUUUUAUUGGAGAUCAUUUUUUUAUUAUUUUAUAAUGUGUUUAUAUCGUGUAACUAAAAUAUUCGAUGGCCAAUGCAACAGUACCUAAACACCGGAGUAUAAAAUGAAUAUGCUGCAGUAUUUCCGAUAGCAUGUUAACAGCUGCACACUUCCGUAAUUCUAUGUGUAGAUUCCGUUAAUGUUAAGUAAAUAGCGUCUCAAUGGUAGUUUUUAUUUACUCACAAUAAGAAGUACAAAUCAGACGCGAUAUUGACUUAACUGUAGCAGAAUUGACGCCCUGUAAAUCCUGUACACCCCGCAGUAGACGUGGUAUUAAUGGCAACCAAAUUACGGGACCUUUUGUUUUCUUGUUUUACAGUUUAAGUUGCUUACUUUGUGAAACGGCAGUUUCAAUUAUUAUUCUUCGCCAAAAUUCCCAACGGCCAUUUAACGUGUAUAUGUUCGAAAAAUUAUAACACCAUACCAUCACCUAUUUAUUGUUAAAAUAUGAGUGUUGCCAUAUUUUCUUAAGUCAUUAUGUACAAAUUGGAUAAUGUAAGAUCAUUUGUUAUCUGUCAACAGUUGAAUAUUACUAAAAUUAAAUCAAAUCAAUUGAGAGAA